AUGGAAGCAAUGAUGUUGGUACAAACACCCAUUUCUCUGAAUCGAAAAUUAAUAAACCACCACGAAUUUCUGAAUCAAGUAUAUCAGUCGGAACAAAAUAAACGUCAAAGAUCAACUGAAAAAAAGGUAGGUGAUUAUUAUGAAUUGGCCUCCAAUUUAUCUGAAGAUAGUUCUGUUUCCACUCACAGAGAAACACCAACAAAUGAUUGA